CUUCUAUCCUUCUCUUCUCUCUGUUUUGUGACUUUUAAUUUCCAUGGAUGAUAACAACAAAGCUUUAUCAGUCAUGGAACCGAAGCCUUCACACCCACUUCACCAAAUUGCCGAAACCCCAACCCACAAACUUCUUCUCAAGCAGUGGCUCAAGGAAGAGGAACUAAUCUUCGGAAGAAUCUCUCUGAAAGAAACCCAAAUCGACUCUGUGAGAAAAGAAAUCACUAUGCUUCACAUUUUCUUCUUCAUCUUCCACUCCACCGCCGUGCUCCUCCUCUUCAAUGCCUCGACGAAGGAUUUCCAUGGAGUAGCCUGCAACAGAUCCUGGAUUCCGUCGCUUUGUUCUCUGUUGUUCUCUCUGGGUAUCAUUUGGGCCGUGAGAUACAAGACCGAUCUUGAGGCCCACUUGGAUAAACUGCUGGAAAGGGAAAAAGAAGACAGGAAUUUGCUGGGGAAGUGUGUUGAUGAGUUGAAGAGGAAAGGGGUUGAGUUCGAUUUGUUGAAGGAGGUGGAUGCGCUGAGGAGGGCGAAAAGCCUGAGGGUUGAAGCCAAGGCUGUCAGAAAAUGGUCUUCAAGGGAUUUCAUCACUCUGUUUUUCUUCUCUGUUUCCUGUAUGUUUCUUGGGAUUAUUAGGGUUGUUCUGUGUAACUAGUAGAGGGGUUUUUUUUUACAAAAUUGAUGAUUUUGAUGAUGCCAUGGAUUUCGAUCUUGGUGGAUCUUGUUUGUUUCACUGCAGAUCACACUCUGUUCUGCACUAUCUUGUUGCUUUGGUGGUAUCAUAUGGAUAACAAUUUGAAGUUCUUUCC